AUGGGAGUGGGCGACUAUGUCCACUCCAAGGAAGCUGGGCAGCCUCGUGCACCCGCUGACCUAGCACCGUCGCAACGCCAAUUGCGGGCUGCACAGGCAAAAGUCGAGGUGCCUAUCCAAGUGGGAGAUUUCUAUGCGCAUGGGAGGGCCGCUCCAUCAAAUCUCCAGGAAACAAAGCCCAUUCCCCAUCAACCCUUUCCUGCCCACACCGGAAAUGGAAUGCACCGGGAUGCCUUUGAUACAGAUGUGGAGGGAGUCGAUGAUUCAACAAUUGCGGGAAACAGUGUCUUUGAUUUUGAUGAUGGUCAACCUCAGGUCCAGUCUAAUCCAAAUGGUCGCUACAUAGAUACCUCACCACGUCCGUCUUACUUGCCCCGCCCUUCUCGGCAUUCACGGGCAUCCUGGUUUGACGGCAUGGGUGACAAGGCCAUGAAAAAAGCGGGCUUUGACUCUGAUGACGCCGAUGACACUUCCAGUCAAGUCACUUCGACGGCCCUUGCAAUUGAUGAGAAGGCCGAACCACAGCAGCAAGAACAACAGCCAAGCAGUUGGUACCUGGCUCACAAGCAACGUUCAACAGAAGAGCCACUAAGCAAGCGCUUGGAGAAUUUCUGGUCUGCAAGUAAGAGAGCACCCAGAUCAACAGAUCAACAACAGACGGACGCUUGGCAAAUGGCUUCUGUGGAGACAGUUAAUGAACCUAGCCCGCCACGGAAACUGGGGCAUAUGUUGCCCCCCUCAGCCGCUAGGAAGAUCAUACUUCCUCACAGCAUGUCAGCGACGCCCAGAACACGUUUCAGUCCACCCAAACCUUCCCUACUGGACCAAUUAGACAUAUCUCCAACUCGUCACGGGUCUGAACCACCACCACAGGCUGGGCGAACUCUCAGUAUCACAGCAUUUGCGCAGCCCAGCCACAGUGACGACGACGAGGCUGGCAUCGAUGGAACGGUUCGCCUGAGCAGUAGACGAGGUAGCGAACACUCUUCCAAUAUCUUUGGUAUCACAAAUAUGUCAGACCUGGGCCGCGAUGAAUCUGUGAUUGAAGCCGGACAAGAUUCAUUGCUUGACCAGUCAAGCUCCAAGCGCGGCCGUCGCAACACAGUCAUCCACAACAGCAAGCGGCAUCUAGAAUCAGAUUAUCCACCGCAGCAGCUGUACCAAAAAUCAUUCACCGAUUUGCAGGCUGAACCAUUCGAGAAAGCGCCAAUACCCACUCCUCCCCCCAUCAAGUCACCUUCGUUGCCACCCGAGCCCAUUUUCGCUGCGAAUGGCCAAUCACAAGACGAUGCGGUGUCUCGUCUUCUAAGCCUGAAUGUUCAAGACCGCCAAAUGUACCUGUCUCGCAUGACCGUGGAUGAGUGGGAAGACUGCGGAGACCAAAUCAUCGACCAAUUCAGUCAUCUUGUCAUGAAAAUGAAAAAAUUGCGUCGCGCUCGUCGCCAUACAGCUCAAGUAUUUGAAGACGAAAUCAGGCGUCGCCAUGAACAAGUCGAGGCUCAAAAUCAAGAUCUUUCUGCCAAGCUGGAUGAAAUGAGAACCGGAGGCGCAGAAGUACUUCGCGGACGGAAUCAAUGA